AUGAGCUUGUUAGAUCUCCCCUUCCCUCCUGACGAAUUCAACUCCAAGCAAGUUUUGGAUUUGUUAUGUGUUGCCAUUGUUGUUUUGGUUACGGCCGUCCGAGCGUUUGCGGUGAGGAAGUCGAGAUACAAGCGUCCUGGUUCCGUCGCUGAUCUCGUGAGACGUGGCCAGCUUAGAUACGAUUCAAGAGGCAUAUCAAGGCCUCUCAAGUAUGAAGACCCAUUCAAUAACCCCCUAGUAAAGGUUAGCAAAGGCAAAUCAACCGUUGAGAUGUGUGGAAAGCUUUACCGCUUGGCCCCAGUGACUCUUACUGAAGAGCAGCAAGCCAUCCACCAGAGAAGGAGAUCACGGGCCUACCGGUGGAAGCGGCCAACUAUGUUUCUUAAAGAAGGAGACUCUCUACCUCCCGAUGUUGAUCCUGACUCUAUCAGGUGGAUUCCCGCCAAUCAUCCUUUUGCAACUACUGCUGCUGACAUCGAUGAGAACUUCGCGCAAAACAAUGUCUAUCAAAAGCAUGGAGUUCCUUUGCGUAUCCAAGCAGAGCAUGAAGCCCUCCACAGAAAGCUCGAAGCCCUUGAAAGUGAGCAAACACUCAACAGGUUGAUGAUAGAUCCUACCAAUGGUCAAGAUUUUGAUAGACCUUUGAAGUCCCACGUCAAAUCAAAUGGCCAAGCAGAGAAGACUUCCAUUAACAAUCAGGUGAGUGACCCAGAUAAAGUUGAAAGUCCAUCAGCAUCUGAGGAAAACGCGGGUCCUUAGUUAGCAUACCGCUCAUCUGCCAGAAAUGCUCAAGGUAAAGCUGCUUUGAGGGAAUUAGUGAAUCUCCACUUUAACAUAAGUGUAGAUUUGAAUUUGCUCCGAAAUUUUGCCCUGUUGAUCUGGUAGCCUCAAAAGUUGCGAUUUGUAUAGGCGAUGACUGUACAUACUAAAUACUGCAUGUGCACUCAGCUCCCAACUUCUGCACUUGUUCCAUCCUCACCACUAACAAAAUUGAUUGAAAAACCAACGGUGGGCAGAGGUUUUGGAAUUUGCUUUAUUGCAAUGGUGAUGAAAGUUUGAUUUGGAUUCUGGAAUA